AUGGGCGUGGUUUUGAGUAGCUUGGCAUGGGGCGCAGGGCGGAGCGUUUGGGCUGAAGACCAUCCUCUGCCGCCUUGGCUCCGACUUCCCUUGGGGACUUGGACAUCGGUCUCUGCUGAAGUCCUUGGCUUUGUUCUGGCUUCUCAAGGUCCAGCCGUGCAGCAGGUUCCUUAUGCCCAUUCCAAGUCCCUUUACGUCUGUAGUCUUGUCUCUGUGUCCGUUUUUGCUUUCCUUGGGGAAAUGGGGAACCGGGGUAGGGUUUCCUUUCCCUGCGUGAGAAGUGACUACAGAAGGCAGAGUUGCCCGCGGCCCCGUGGGCCCAUCACUCAGUCAUUGUCACUCAUUCCACUCCGAGGAGCUGCAGUUCUUGCUGCCUGUAGGGCUCUCCAGCAGGCAUCCAUCUCCAGGGGCAACAUCGUGGGAAGCCAGGGAGUGCCUUCUCUGCCCAGCAUUGUUACAGACACGGGGGAUGCAGUGCUGGGAAACAGACAUGAGGUCUGCCCUGGUGGAGCUUAUAUUCAAGGGGGAGACCUAAAAACAAGUGUAGAAGGGUGGCUGGCCCUUAGCUCCGCCCAAAGAAAACUCAAUAAAAAUGCUGCAACUUCAUCACUUCUAGUGGCAUUGUUCUGUGAGAAGGAAGCCAUGAGGUCCAGCCUACACAUUCCUGAUAGCAACAAAGCCUCCACAGAGGCCUGCUUUAGCUUAGCAGUUCCCGUGGCUUAUCAAGAAGAGGAUAAGGAUGUCCUCGGCGCGCUCGGUAGGACAGACGAAACAAAAUCAGCUAUGUCUUCUGCUAGUGAAAAUAAUGGCCUUAUAAAGAAGAUGUCUUGUAGUGCCCUGCACUUCAGUGUCCCCUGUUCACCAGCACCUGGCACUUCAGUGGUGUCUCCUAUGUGUGUUGCGUUCACCCUCUUGUUGUGGCUGAGGCCCCCGUUUGCCGAAAUUUACGGCCAUCCCUUGGAAGUCCCAGUCACUCGGGAGCAACUAAACCACUAUCGGAAUGUGGCCGAAAACACUCGAAGUGAACUGGCGGCAACUUUGGUCAAAUUUGAAUGUGCUCAGUCUGAGCUUCGAGACCUCCGAUCCAGGAUGCUUUCGAAAGAAGCCUCCUGUCAAGAGUUGAAAGCUGAAAUGGAGAAUUACAAAGAAAAUAAUGCUAGAAAAUCAUCUCUCCUCACCUCCCUGAGAGACAGAGUUCAGGAGCUGGAAGAAGAAUCAGCAGCACUUACCACUUCUAAAAUUAGAACCGAAAUCACAGCUCACGCUGCAAAAGAGAAUCAGGAGUUAAAGAAGAAAGUUGCAGAACUAGAUGAGAACUUACAAAAGUGUUUAAAGGAAAAUGAGGAGAAUAAGAAUCAAGUCUCGAAGAAUUGCAGGAAACAUGAGGAAUUUCUAGCUCAACUUGGUGACUGCUUAGAUCCAGAGAAGAAGAAUGAAAAGGCAUCAGAUGAAGAUUUAAUUCUAAAGCUUAGAUAGCUUUGCGAGGAAGAUGCAUUCGUGAAAGGACAGAUUGUUACUCUUGAAGAGACUAUAAAUGUCCAUGAGAUGGAAGCAAAAGCUAGCAGAGAAACCAUCACGAGGCUGGUUUCAGAAGUAAAGCAGAAAAAAGCUGCCUCCUGCACCGAGGAGAAAGACAAGCUGAACCAGGACUUGCUCCGUGCUGUAGAGACCAAAGGAGUUCUUGAAAGGGAAGUCAGGAUCCUCCAAGAGAGGCUGCUUGCUGGUCAGCGGGUCUGGGAUGCUUCGAAGCAGGAGCUGAGCCUCUUGAAGAAAAGAUCUUGUGAGUUGGAGAAGAGUCUGGAGGCCAGUCUGGAUGCGGCUGCAGCCUCGAGAAGCCAGUACUCCUCAUUUAGGGAGGAAGUUGCCACCUUGCUUAGAGGCAGUGGGGACAUGACGGGGCCCACGGAGGAUGCCGUUGUGGAAAGGAUCCGAGAAAUGACCAGCCAGGAAGAGAGCAGGAAAAGGAUGGUUUCCCAGCUUGAAGCCCGAAUAUCUGAGCUUGUGGAACAGUUGGGAAAUGAAUCUGGGUUUCACCAGAAAGCUCUACAGAGAGCCCAGAAAGCAGAAAACAAGUUGGAGACUCUUCAGGGUCAGCUGACACACCUGGAGGGAGAGCUGGUUUCUGGAGAUGUUUUGCGAGAUCACUUGAAUUUUGAGAAACAAAAAUAUCUUAAAUUUCUGGAUCAGCUCUCAGAGAAAAUGAAAUUGGACCAGAUGGCUGCUGAACUUGGCUUUGAAAUGCGUCUGGAUGUAGUUUUAGCUCGCACGGAGCAGCUGGUCCGUCUCGAGAGCAACGCAGUCAUUGAAAACAAGACUAUUGCCCACAAUUUACAGAGAAAGCUCAGGACUCAGAAAGAAAGGCUGGAGAGCAAAGAACUACAUAUGAGCCUCCUGCGACAGAAAAUCGCCCAGCUGGAGGAGGAGAAGCAGGUGCAUUCGGCCUUGGCUGUGGAGAGGGAUGAGACCAAUCUCACCCUAAGAAAGUUGCAGAAGAGGGUGGAGAGGCUGCAGAAGGAGCUGAGUGUGUGUCGAGAAGCGAACACGGAGCUCAAAGCCAAGCUGGCUGAGCUGAAGAUUAGAACUUUGGAACAGACCAAAGCCACUGAAGACCUAAAUAAGUCCAAAGACAAACUUGAGAAGAUGGAGAAAGCUGAGAAAAAGCUAAUGUCUGUCAAGUCAGAACUGGGUACUGCAGAGCAUGAGACUCAGGAGGAUAAAGAGGGGGCCAGGAAUAUAAUGGAAGUGGUAACCAGCGAAAUGAAGACACUAAAAAAAUGUCUGGAAGAAGCAGAAACAAGAGAAAAGCAGCUGGUGGACUUCAGGGAGGUGGUUUCCCAGAUGCUGGGCUUGAACAUGACCAGUCUUGCGCUUCCAGACUAUGAAAUCAUCAAAUGUCUUGAAAGACUGAUCCAUUCACAUCAGCAUCACUUUGUCACCUGUGCCUGCCUCAAAGAUGUGACGCCCGGGGGAGAUAGGCACCCACAGAGUCACUUAAAACUCCUUCAUUGA